CUUAUAGAGCAAUAGAGAAGCUUAGCAGUUAUUUGCUCAUCCAUUCCCGUCCCUGCGUAAUCCUCCACAUGCACAGAUGCAUACCUCUGUGGGAUAUAAACGUCUGCAUGUGUGUGUGUGUGUGUGUGUUUAGGUCCUUUGUGAAUGGGACGUGGCUGAGGCUCGGGGUAACUUCUCACACUCCUGGCAAGUUGACGCAGCUUGGCACAGUGUUUGUGCAUGUGAGGGAGUUGAAGUAUUUGUAGUGUGUCUGAAUGGCCUGUGGUUGGCAGGGCGUUGUUAACACGAUUAUGCAACGGUAACAAAAGGGUUAUGAAUGAUAGAUUGUAAAGGGAACGCGGCCACGGUACGAUCAGGGUGUCGUAAUAAGGGCGUCGGUCUUGAAGUCUUUUCCUGUGUGUGUGUGUGUGUGUGUGUGUGUGGGGCCAUUAGAUGGCUCCUCUCCUUGCUAUCUCUCAGGCUAGUUCAUGCUCACACACUCACACACAAUCAAACACACGCCCUGGGAAAUAUGGCAGGGAGUAGACGUAGAUAAACAAGAGAGCUGAGACUCUCACUGACACAGACAGGUUUGUGUGGGAAAGCAGCGACUGCCAGUGUCAUAACGGCAGGAGUGAAGUUUGCACAGGCAGCUGAGGGAGCGAGAAAGUCACCGUGAGUGUACGUGUGUGUCUGUGCUGUAGACUGUAUACACAGAAGAACAUCUUCAUGUGGUUCCCUGUUGACUGGCUCUGAGUCUAUUACCUGUUUAAAAAUUAAGAAAUGCUGUUUUCCUACACAUGCCCAAAGUAUAAUUUAGGAGUGCAGCAAGUAGAGAGGUAUGAACUGUCUCACCUCCUUAUAUAAAUAACUACUGCAACACGACAGGCACAGAAAAAACAGAUAAUAACACUGGGGUUUUUUGGUGCUGCUUUUCCUUUGUAAAUAAUAAUAAAAAAGGUCAAAUAAAGUUUUGUCGUAAUACGCAAUACUGGUAAAAAGGUAACUGGAAGUCUGAAGUUUGGAGAAAAAGAUUUUGAAAUGAUCUAUGUCAAAUUGUGUGCAGGGGGCGCUCUUCAAUGCUUUCUCCAUGACUGCAUUGGGACAGUCUCUACUGAUAGUUUAGAUAACAGGGAUAACAGGACAAUGGAUGAUAAAAAGCUUGGAUGAGAAAUGCAGGUGAAAUGAUGUCAGUGGUAUGGGGUCAAAGAGGGUUUUUUUUUACCUCUCUCUCCUUGCCUCUCACUUGCUCUCUGCCUCGCUCUGUCUUAUAAACACACACCCCCACAAUGAAUUAUGAUUAAAUGCAGUGCAUCUUCUGCUGGUUGCCAGGGAAACAGACAGAUGCUUCACUGGACUUUGAAACUACAGUCUAGUCUGGUUUCUACUUAGAAAAAAUAUCUUUUUGUUCAUAAGUUUCAGUCUUAAAAUCAGAGAAAAGAGUUUGAAGAGUUUGUUUAUAACUAAAACAUCUACCAUUAAAGAUUGAGUUUGAAACAUUUCCCAACAAGUGCAUGAUUUUGUUUCAAAACAGGAAAGGAAUUUUGCAAUUUGUGGCAUUUUUAUUGUUGUACAAAAAAAAGGGAACUGCUCCAUAACAUGAAUAACAACUCAUCAUCUGAUAAAAGCAGGCUUCUCCUCGUCCUCAGGCCACUUCAGAGUUAAGUUGUUUAAAAAAAAAUCUCCAACGCAGCAGAAGUUGGAUCAUGAAUAUCUGAAGUUUACACAGGAAUGGUAUCAGGCUGACAGGAAGGCAGAGUUACACAAACAGGAUGUGUUUUAGUGCAUAUUUAGAUCCAGUCAGUCUGCUGGGAAUCAUUUAAAUUUCCCCAGCGCGUGCGUGUGUGUGUGUGUUUGUUUGCGUGUGCGCUACAACUCAUAGGAAGCAUAUUUCAUCUAACUUUACCCCUCAACGAUAUUUUAACUAGGUCAGCGAACUAAUGUGGAUACACUGCUGCGCACUGUCAGUGUGGCAUCUAGUGGUGGACUAGAGGAAGCGCAGCUUUUAUUAAAUCUCGGCAUAUUGUAGUACCCAAUUGAAUUUAAUAAAGAGGAGAAACCUUGGAUCGAAAAAACGACUGUUAUUGAUUAUGACGUGGAACAUGUUUGUGUGUGUGUGUGUGUGUAAACCAUUUAUUAUAAUUAUUUGCCUGUAAGAAAAAAAACAUCUAUAAGAGAUUCUACUCACUGCAUCUCUGAAUGUAUCAGCUCUAUACUUAAAGUUCAGAUAAAAAAAAAUGUGUCUUUUACAAAAGGCUCCUUUAGGGGACGCUGUUGUAUGACUCACUCCUGUCAUCUGGACCAACUUGUUGACCAGUUUCCCAGUUGUCACUUUGAAUUUUGUACACACUUUUUAUCUUAUCUUCCUUCAUAGCUCUUAGAAAUGACAACAUCCGUUUUAUUUUUUGACCUUGUUUUUGGAACACAGCGUUGCUAUGGUCACAGAUGUCAGUGUCCAGUGUUCAGUGUUCACUAAAAGGUCAGAUCCCCCAUAAUCUAGACUCUGUUUUUUUUUUUUAUUCCAGUUUUCAUGUAACAUGAAAACAUCCUGACUGAAGCUACGGGGGCUGCAAAGAAUUCACAACCAAUUCAUGUUAUUGUUGUGAUAGUCCAUCAGGAACUUCUGUUAUGUAACGUAAUUAUCAACAUGAAGUUAUUCCCACAAGUCACUCUUUCAUGCUGUGUUACCUCACUCUAAUAUGUACCGCUCACUCCUCUUCUCUCUCCCACCCACAGCUCCACUCUCUGCCCUCCUUGUUCUGACACUCCCUCUCUCUCUCUCUCUCUCUCUCACACACACACACACACACUGCCUCUCUCUCUCUCUCUUUCUCUUUCUCCCUGCCACUCUCUUUCUAAGCUUGUAAGCGGUCUCUGGGCACACAGCCAGCUGGCGUGCGUGUGUUUUUUGAAUGAAUACCUGAUGAAGUUGGCCAGGAAAGCAACUAUGGGAGGGGCUCUGUGUGUGUGUGUGUGUGCGUACGUGCGUGCGUGUAUGUGUGUUAGGAGACAGUGUGUGAGCUCUGGCUCGCAUUCAGCCUCUUGCAUAAUACACUUUGGAGCUCUGCAUGCGGGACUCCCUCCCUGUGGGCGUGAGCGAGUGUGUACUCCAAGUUCUGUGAGUGAGUGAGAGAGUGAGGAAGAGAGAGGGAGGAAGAGAGAGGGAGAGGGAGAUCACCUGAGUCCUGUGUGUCACUGGUGGUGAGGGAGCUUCCUGCCCCACUGUCAAGAUUUAGGAGCCGGCUGUGUGGCUCAGUGUGCGUCUGUGUGUGUGCGCGUGGUUGUAGUUGUGUGUGUGUGUGUUUGCAGCACAUGUACACCGACUCUGCUUGGGAUUUUCCGCUUAAGGCAGAGGGAGUGAGAGAGACAGAAUGAGAUUCAGGGCAGUUUACUAGAGACACGACAGAGCAGGAAAGAAAGAAAUGAGAGAGGAGGAAGAGAGAGGAAGAGCGAGAGAGCAUGCAGCAGAAUGGAGCACCUCCUGCUUUCCUUGUUUUUGCUGUGUGUGGGCAGGCUUGCUUUUGCAAGGACAUGAUUCCACAUGAAGUGCGACGCACUCGGCCCCCCGUCGUCCACGGCGGCUGCAGCAGGUGUGAUGUCGUAACGAUCUCCCCCACCACACUGAGCUCAUCCUUCAGACGCUAAAGACCCCUGGACCGAACAGAAACCCCUUACGGUUCCCUCUGAGCACCUCUCCAUAUUGCAGCUGGAUAGAGAGGCUAAGAGCAACUAGAUUAGGAAGGUUAAUUUAUAGCUAAAAUAGAGUACGACAAGGAGCAGGCCAUCAAAGGUGAGAGGAAGGAAAGGAAAAAAAAGGAAUAAGUCUGAGAGAGCAGCAAGAGGGACAAUAGACAGACAGGGUUGAGGAACUUCAGAAAAGUGAUAAGAGAAGUACUGUGACGUGGGUUGAAUCAUGAAGUCCAACCAGGAACGCAGCAAUGAAUGUCUGCCUCCCAAGAAAAGGGAGAUCCCUUCGAGCACUUUACCAUCUGAAACUCGUCCCCUGACGAUGCCACCUGCCAGUGACAGUCAGCGUUCAGAGAAUCUGACCUGGGUCGCCAGUGUGGCUGGUAGGAAUGACAGCAGUACAGUUGGGCGCCGUAACUCCAGUCAGUCUGAUGGGCCCCAGUAUAAAUCUCUUUCGUCCUCGUCAGACUCUUCAUCAUCGAGGCUAGUCUCAUCUCUUCCCACAGUUUUUACAUCCCCCUUGUCACAAUCCACAGUUGGAGGGACUGUCCAUUACACGCAGCUGCCCAACCUGCAUUUUGUAGCUUCACCUUAUACAGCCCCAUACACAGGCUACAUCUCUCCCCAACUGUUGCCACCUCCUCCUCCCCCUCCUCCCCUCUCUUCCUCGACAUCCUCCUCCUCCUCGUUGGCUGCACAGAGGUCCUCUCAUUCCCAGAUGGCCUCUGCUUCUUCACAUGCCUCUAAACAUGACCAGCACAGAUCAUCCAGCGGGCGGACCUCAAUGCCGCCUCCUCUCUCAGACCCGGCCCUUCAUCAUAUUCAGAUGUCACCUUCUUCACGGACUGUUCCAACUCCUCAUCAUCAUGGGGGUGUGCACCUUUCUCACCAGUCACUGCACACCCCGCACAAUUUGGGUCAUGGGAUGUCCCAUGUUGGGUUACACUAUACAGAUGCAUCCAGCAGGAAAGAUGAGAGUGGCUCGAGACACAGAGAGUUUCACAACGGUGAGCUGGAAAGAGGACGGAGACAUGGAUUACACAGUGAGUCCAGCCACUCAAAGUCAGGGAGCAAGUCAAGGGAUGUCUCUUCAUCCUUGUCAGCGUAUGAGGCCCGCCAGCUGGUUUUGCCAUCAGAUUACUCUGUUCAUGAUCACUCAGGGCACAGAACCUCUGUCAUGCUAAUGCCCAAUAGCCAUGGUGACCAUCACCUGAUACAGCGCAGAGCUAGCCCUGAGAAGCUGGCGAUGUGUGCUCCUGCACACUUGGAGAAAGGUGGGAUUAUGCUUGGAAAGCCGGUUCAUCGUACGGUCUCCUCUUCCUCCUCCUCCUCCAGUACCACAUCCUCAUUUACAUUUCCACCCCCGUUGAGUGUAGACAGUCUCAAAGCUGUACAAUGUACAAUGUCACCACAGACUGUUAUCCAGACCACCCACAGUGCCACUGAGGCGCUGUCCAUGGGGCUCCCCUCCACCAAUAUUUACCCCCAGCCACCUAUAAUUGGUUACAUCGCUGGGGGUAGUGGAAGCCAGCAUACCCCACUCAGUUACCACACCAGCCUACAACAGCACUUACUCAUUCCUGGUGCCCAACCGGUUAUCAUCCCUGUCACUGGAAGUGGAGUCACCACAUUGGAACACGUUUCCUCUCACAACGCGUCGUCCACCCAAGCUGCACCGUUCCCAAGUGCACUCCCUCACAUGUACACUGCUGCCACCGCUCCUAAAAAUGAAAGUCCGCAGAAAACCUCCAGCGGCUCUUACCAGCAGGCCCCUUCAGGUGCAGUGACCCAAGCACAUCUUCACCCCCCCUCUGUUCCUACGCAAACAGGAAUGAUUGCUCCUCCGCCACCUCCCCCUCCUCCUCCUCGUCCACCAUCCAGUCCGGUGUCCCCUCCGGCACUCCCCCCAUAUUUCAUCAAGGGCUCCAUUAUCCAGCUGGCUGAUGGGGAACUGAAACGUGUAGAGGACCUAAAGACAGAGGACUUCAUCCAGAGUGCCGAGAUAAGUGGUGACCUGAAGAUUGACUCGUCCACAGUGGAGCGCAUCGAAGGCAGCCACUCCUCACCCAACGUCGCUGUGGUUCAGUUCUCUGUGGGUGAGCACCGUGCACAGGUGAGUGUGGAGGUGUUGGUUGAGUACCCCUUCUUUGUCUUUGGCCAAGGAUGGUCUUCAUGCUGUCCAGACAGGACCACUCAGCUCUUGGAGUUGCCAUGCACCAAGCUGUCAGUGGGUGAUGUUUGUAUUUCCCUCACCCUCAAGAACCUGAGAAACGGAUCUUUGAAGAAGACUCAACCCCUGGAACUUUCCACCUCUGCCUCAAGUCACGGACAUCUCAAAUCACCGAGAUCUGUCUCUGAUGCUCCUCGAAGCAGUGGAGGAAGCUCCAGGCACGGUGAGCGGGAAAAUGGCAUCAGACAGCGAGGGAAUAGAGGAAGCGGGGGUGGUGGAAGCACCAGAGUGGAAAACGGGGAUGCUCUGUUUGGGAUAAGGGGGUUGCUUUCUAAAGGUCAGAACAACAUCAGCACAAAUGGUGGCUCCAGUAAGCCAUCAGGGGGCAGGAAGCGAAGAUGGUCUGCCCCUGAAGGUCGAAAAGUUGAGAAAUCAGAAGAGGAACCGCCAUUGACCCUUCCCAGACCUUCCUUCAUCCCUCAUGAGUUGAAAGUUAAAAUUGAAGGAAGGUCAAAUAUUGGCAAAUGAAGGCUAACAGGACUGUUAAAAACCCUGGAAAUCUGGGGGAAACAUCAGUAAAGGAUUCUUAAAGAAAAGAAAAAACAAAACAAGAAUGCCCACAUUAAUAUCUCAGAUUUUUGGUUUGCUUUUAUUUUUCUAUCUUCAAAACUUGUACUGUAGAGGUUUAUUGACCCUACACGGUAUCACCUUACAUUAAGUUCAUGUAGUUUUUAAAACAUUCAUUUGGUGGAUUUGCUUUAACACGAGCAAACAGUGCUGUUUUGGCUAUUUUGAUGGGAUUAAAAUUACUAUUGGA